AGUGUGUCCCCUGAUGCACACCUCACUUGAACUCUGCUUAGUGCACUCAGUUUGCUCUAUUUGGAUGUCUCUGAUCGAAGUACAUGUGGCUAAAACUUUAAAGGAUGUACUACGUGAAAAAAAAGGUCUUGAAAAGAGGCCUGAUGCAGUUUGUUAACUUUGACAAGUAUGUCACCACACACGCGCCUCGGAGCAACGACUCUUCCUUCUCCUCAAACACAGCAAAGAGAACAAGAGGGGGUGGCAGUCCCAGUACAACUUGCUUAGCAGCAGCAUGGAGAGUCUGGGGAGCAGGGCCAGGCCUGCUAGCCCCUACAGCUCCGAGAACACCUCUUCUGCCGUGCCCACCCCCUCGCCCUACUCCCAACCUAAUUCCACUUUCGAGGGCCUUUCGCCUGCCCCGGCCAUCCCCUCCAACACCGACUACCCGGGACCCCAUGCCUUCCAGGUGUCCUUCCAACAGUCCAGCACUGCCAAAUCAGCCACAUGGACAUACUCUCCUCUACUGAAGAAGCUCUACUGUCAGAUUGCCAAAACAUGUCCCAUCCAAAUCAAGUUGUCGUCCUCCCCUCCCCAUGGAAGCAUCAUUCGAGCGAUGCCUGUCUACAAGAAGGCUGAGCACGUGACAGAAGUGGUCAAGCGUUGCCCCAACCAUGAGCUGGGCCGAGAUUUCAAUGAUGGCCAAGCAGCACCAGCCAGCCAUCUCAUCCGAGUGGAGGGGAACAAUCUAUGCCAGUAUAUUGACGAUGCCGUAACAGGCCGCCAGAGUGUCCUUGUUCCCUAUGAAAUUCCACAGGUGGGGACAGAGUAUACCACAAUAUUGUACAACUUCAUGUGCAACAGCAGCUGUGUGGGUGGCAUGAACAGGAGACCCAUCCUUAUCAUUAUUACUUUGGAAUCAAGAGAUGGACAAGUGUUAGGUCGAAGGUCAUUUGAAGGCCGAAUAUGUGCAUGUCCUGGCCGAGAUCGCAAAGCAGAUGAGGACCACUUUAAAGAACAGCAAUCCAUGAAUGAAAGUGUGGCAAAGAAUACCAGCACCAUCAAACGAAAUUUCAAACCUAGCCCACCAAAUAUUUCCAGCCCAAAUGUUAACAUUAGGAAACGGCGGCAUGGAGAGGACGAAAUUUACUAUAUUCCAGUGCGUGGUAGGGAAAAUUUUGAGCUGCUUAUGAAAAUUAAAGACAGUUUGGAAUUAGUGGAGCUUGUCCCUCAGCCACUUGUAGACUCCUAUAGACAAGAAGCACAACAGCAGCUGCUACAAAGACCGAGCCAUAUAGUAUCACCUUCCUCCCCUCAGUCAAAUAUGACCAAGCUUCACCCACAUGGAGGCCUCAGUAAAUCACAAACAGCCAACCACCUGGCAGGGCAACAGACCCAGCACCACCCCAGUGCCCAUGCAACAAUUGCAAAUAUGGGUCACAACAUGAUCAAUAGCCAUCACAUGCAGUCUAAUGGUGACAUGAAUGGUGGCCACAGCAGUCAGAAUUUAGUGUCCGCUUCGCACUGCAGCCCACCCCCUCCGUAUAACCCUGACCCCAACCUUGUCAGCUUUCUAACUAGCCUGGGCUGCCAAAACUUCAUUGAGUACUUCACCUCUCAAGGCCUCCAAACUAUCUACCAUCUCCAAACACUGUCCAUUGAGGAAUUAGGUGCGCUGAAAAUCCCAGAGCAGAUCCGCGUUGCCAUCUGGCGAGGUCUCCAGGACAUGAAACAAGGGGCGUCACUCCAGCUACCUGCAUCCUCACAUCACCAAGACUAUCACAGCCAACAACUUAUACGCUCCAGCAGCAACAUGGCUGCCUCUGCCAUCGCCGCCAUUGGGGCCGCUGGAGGGGAGCUGCAACGUCAACGCGUAAUGGAAGCCGUGCACUUUCGUGUCCGCCACACCAUUACCAUACCAAAUAGGUCGGGAGUUGUCGGAACAACCGAGAUGGCGGCAGGGACUGAUGAAUGGGCUGACUUUGGUUUUGAUAUGCCCGACUGCAAAGUUGCAUGCAGCAAGCACUCAAUAAAGGAGGAGUUCAUGGAACGAAAUGUUCACUGAGCCCACUAACCCGCCAAUAUCAUCAGCAGUCUAUUCAAAGACUAGUACUGUACCAUAAAAACUUUGAAUAUGUGAAUUUAGGUAUCGCUGUGUGAUGAAAUACUAAAUAUACAUAACUAUUGAUGUGUAUUUGUAGUCUCAAUUUCCAUGCAGUAACAGAAGUUGGGCAUUGCAUCCACUAAUUCAGCAAUUUAUUGGUAUACUGUGAAGAUGUUUUUGACUCUUAACAGAAAAACAUUUAAUCCUAGUUGACAGUAUUAUAUAUCUACGUACAUCAGAUAUAUGAGUUAGAUGUACUUGUAGUUCAUAGUGGAUGGCCUCAUUGUUUGUAUGAAACUAAACGAAACAUUUUUGUCCUUCCUCUUGUGUAAAACCUUGCUGGGCAAGGUCCUCCUGUCUUAAAGCUUGAUGAGUGUCUUCUAAGUAUGUUUGUGGCAAUUGUUUGUGAAUAUUUAACGGCAACAUUCCAAUUUUGGCUCAUGAACUCAUGCACAGACUAUUACGGUGAACUUAAUAAUGACAUCAAUACAAAUACUGUUUCGUAACACUAAUGUGUAGCAGAUUUUUAUUUGUUGUACAUGCAUUAAACUCACCAUCCAGAGGAGUACUUUAUUGCUAUGUUUGUACAACCUUGACAAUUUUGUGAUAAAUGUGUGUCAAUGUCAGUAUUAUGAUGUACAUAUUAAGUGUUUUGAUAUUCUUUCGUUAACUGCAAAAAAUAUUCAAAGGAGUACUCUUUUAUCUAUUGCUGUUCAUCAAUGUUCAAACGUUUUUAUAAGUUGAAUGUUUUUUCUUGUUAAGGGGAAAUGUUGAAUUUUUUUUCAAUGUAGUAUUUCUCAACACAUAAUGUGUUUGUUUUGUUUCUGAGUUCCAUUAAAACAACUUGUGGAUAAAGCAGUAUUAAUAAUGUAAAGGU